GCGCCGGCCGCCAUAGGCUCAUCUCCGUCCGCUUCGAGUUCCUUUUUAUUUGCAGAGCAAACCAACAACCUCCGUCUCAUGGCUGUUUACGAUCGCAUCUCCCAUUACAUGAGCGGCGGCGCCCGCUUAGAAACUUCCGAUGUGAUCCGACUCUGUUACUCCUUCGCCAAAGCUAUUGACGGUUCACUCAUACUUAAUGAUAUUCCUGGAAUUGCUCUUCGUUUGCCUCCACUAGUCAAAAAGGUUUAUGAGUGGAGGAAGAAUCCUGCACUUCAGCCAGCUAUCAUGAUGGUGCUUAUCUCUAUUAAGAAUGCAUGCAAGCGGGGAUGGUUUCGUGCUGUAGAAACUGAGGAGCUCCUGCGCAUGGUGAACGAGAUGUGCAGCAUAUUUUGUACAGAUUUAUGUUUGAACACUCAUGUCAGCCAUGCUUUUGAUACUAUUUCCAAAAUAAUGCCAAGGUUUUAUCCUCAUUUGAUGCUACACAGUUUAAUUGUUUCUUUUGAAGCAAAGCCUGGUUAUGAUGUUCUGAUGUCCGAUUUCCAUCUCUCAAAGAACCAACAUCCAGAACAGAAGAAAGUUUUGAUUGUUGUUAAGACAGAGAAUUUGGAAACCUCUUCAUGUAUUGCGAAUCCCCAAGUGAGCUUCUUGAUCAAUGGAAAAGGUGUGGAGAAAAGGAAUAAUACCUCACUGCAUUGUGGACCUCAACUUCCAACGGACAUAUCCAGAAUGCUUAAGGAAGGAGUAAAUGUUCUUCAGGCAAUUGGAUAUUUUGAUGGCACUUUUCUGAUAGCAUUAGCAUAUAUGAGCAAGAUGACCAACUUUACGCAUGCACUGAAAGAGUAUGUCCAGCCAGUCGCAACGCAUGAAUCUGAUUCUGAAAUUAUUGAGGGGCGAUCAAGAAUAUUACUUAAUUGUCCAAUAAGUUUAACAAGAAUGAAAACUCCGGUUAAGGGUCAUCUUUGCAAGCACCACCAGUGUUUUGAUUAUGACAACUUCUUGGAAAUAAACUCAAGGAAGCCAAACUGGCGUUGCCCUCAUUGUAACCAGCCUGUCUGCAUGAUUGACUUACGGAUUGACCAAAAUAUGGUUAAGAUAUUAGAGGAGGUGGGAGAAGAUGUUGCUGAAGUUGUUAUUUGUGCUGAUGGGACAUGGAAUGUAGUCGAUGGUCAUCAUGAUGACCAGGUUCAUGAUCAAACUGUCAGCAAGGAAUUUGAAACAAAUAAAUCUAAAAUUUUAAUGGCAGAUCCUGUGGAUCUAACAAUGGACGAAGAAGAUGACAAUUGCGACAUAACACAGACAUUAAGACAAGAGCUAUUCAUAAAUGGUUGUGCAAGCCAGACUUACGACCAUAUAUCAGAAGCUGAAGACAGGAAACCUUUCAUUGAGGUUGGAUUUAAUCAAGUGCCUCAGUUUCUUGCCAACAAUACAUCCAAUGCUACUCAGGUACCAGUCUAUCAGCCAGGAAACAGUAUACAACCACCAUUCAUAUCGUCCUAUGCCACUAAUGGAUCUGUAGCUCCUGCUGGAUCUCUUCACAUGGGAAGUUCACAAACACUUCCGCCUAUGCUGAGCAACUUUGUUCAGUCAGACGCUGUUUCUCCCCUCGUCGAUCAAACCCAAUUAGCAGUCAAUGCUCUUCCAGCUGUUAAUAAUGUAAACGAGAGGAUAGCUGGAAGGCCUGCACCCAGAUACGCUCCUGUUGCAGUUCAGGCUCUUCCAGUGCUACAACAAACACACAAUACAUCUCGAAGAUUGCAUGCUAAUUUACUCGAUACUCCAUUAGCCUCUAGGCAUUUAUCUCCUAGGCAAUAUCAAACAGUUAAUGUAUCUGGAACACCCCAAGAGAACUUCAGUGGAGGAGUAACUAACAUGGACGUGCAACAUCUCACGAGAACUUCAGAUACAUCAGCAAUGCAGGAUCAUAUUCCGAAUGAAGCCACAAUGCAACAAGCGGUUGGGCUACCAUCACCAAGCACAUUAAACAGUAGAUCACCUUUUAGCCAUCGGAGGGGACCAAGUGACAUUGAUGCACUUCGAGCUUCUCUUCAACCUUCGCCCUUCUCCCGCAAUCCUCUCCAAACACCGCCAGGUUUCAGGACGCAUCUGCCCAUGAGCCAAGCUUCGAACGUUUCUUUGCAAUCUCCCAGCCUUCCAUCUGUGGUUCGCCAGCCAUCACAAAACACGAUCGGCCUUGCAGCUGGUAAUUUUGCAAAUCAGCGAAGUCUUGCUCAAGCUUCUCUGCCACCCCAGUUUUCAAGAUCGCUGUCCACUUCCGCGUCCAAUUUGCCGGCAUCUUGGGAGAACUCGAGAGUGGUCGGUACAGAUCGAUGGAGGAGCAUGACAGGGGGAACACCUUCACCACUUCAAAGGUCAGAUGGGCUUCCUGAGCUUCCAUCCGAGCAGAAUUGGAGACCAAUUGGUAGAAUGAGGGGCAGCUUGACUGGCAGUGAUUAUUCAGCUGUUAUAAGUAACUAUAUGCCCCCUUUGAACCAGACCGCUACAGGCAGGCCCUCAUCUUCUCUCUCAAACUCUGAUCAGUUUUCAGCAUUAAUUGCCAACAAUCUCUUGUCUCAUGGAGUACUGAAUCACCAAAUUAACCCUAGUCAGGAUAAUUUUAGCACUCAACAAGGAGAUACAAGGAUUUAACUCUAAACCCUACUGAAAGUAUCUGUUUUCACCUGUAGAUUCAUUGAUCGCUGUACAUUUACAUAUCUGCAGUGGCUCUAUAGUGAGUUGUUUUUUUAUUUUUUUACUUCUUUUUUAACUAUUCAAGUAGCUGAGUUACCGUAUAAUGUUGAGUGUGAUCAAAUAUGUUAAAAUGAUAGAUGUGUCCGUUCAUAA